AUGAGGCUGCAGCGAAAGUCUUGGUCUGAGCUCCGACAAGUCUACCAUUUGUCCGAGUUAAAGGCCCCUGCUGAUGGAAUUGAUAUAGUCGUAGUCCCCGGACUAUGGGCCCAAGGCUGCCCCAAGAACGAAGAGAACAGCUGCUCGUGGCUCAAGCUUCUACUCGCCUCGACUGACCAGGACACCCGCGUAUUCAUCUUCACCUACGACAUUGACUCGACCGGUGCUGAAGAUGGACAUGUUUGGCAUCAACUGCUAGUUCUUGGGGGAAGUCUUCUCGACAAUAUCCGUCAAGCGAGGCCGGUUGAUUAUCACCGAAGACCCCUCUACUUUAUAUGCCAUGGGCUAGGCGGCAUCAUUCUCAAGCGAGCCUUAAAUCUGGCCCACCACGACUAUCCCAACAUCCACAACGCGCUGUCGGGCAUUGUUUUUCUUGGAACACCGCACCUUUGUACGACCGAAGACGAUCGUUGGGACAAUUGGCGCAAGAUACUACAGCUCUAUCGCAAGGAUGUCCCAAAGACAGUUCUCCGAAACGAAGAUAAAGAGAGUCUGGCCUACGUCUGCGAACAAUUCAGCGCCUUGAAUCUACCAGUUCCAAUUCUGUCCGUCUUCGAGUCCACAGAGACAAAGGUGCCUGCAUCGGGAUUGGGGUUUAUUCGAAAGGGAGGUAGGCUGAAUGUUAAGCUUGUCGAUCGCGUUCACGCAGCCGUAAAUACGACACACGAAGAGCUUGUACCAGCAGACUCGCCCCACUCUGGCUUGCCUGUUGUCAUUCCUGGGACAUCUCUAUUUCAACGUAUGAUAAGGUUCAUUCACAAGGCUCCACUGGAAGGUAAAAGCCUCGUUACCAAGGCCUUUGGAAAGCUCCAGAUCAGUUAUACUAUCUCGUACACCGACACUGAGAGCCAUUGUAGCCCUCCGAACGGCAGCCCUGAAAGGGACUCAAGCCCAGGAAGUUCAGUCACCGGGACCAGAACUGUUCUUCUACCCUGUCACAUGCUUGGUCAAACUCGUAACCGUGGCUUCUUUGGGCAAAAGAGCAUCUUAGAACAGAUAGAAGAAGCUCUCAAGCUAGAAAAUUUAACUGUAGACGACAAUUCGGGGCAUAGCAGUGGUGAAGAAGAAGAGCCUCUCCAGGCAUUCGCCCUUUGUGGUAUCGGGGGCUUGGGUAAGACCGAGAUCGCCGUAGAGUUCGCUCACUCGCAUAAGAGCGACUUUGAUGCUAUCUUUUGGGUCAACUCAGCAAGCACUGAUAAACUCAAUGGAUGCUAUCGCAAUAUGGCUGUUCAGCUUGGCCUUUCCGAUGAAGCAGUAGCACUUCGGGAAGACCCAGAGUCGAUCAGAGAGAUUGUCAAAGCAUGGCUUUCCAACCCUAUUAAGACAAUGGGAGCGGGGCAAGAUUUGGGCUCGAAGGCUCGGUGGCUGAUUGUGUUUGACAAUGCUGAUGACCCGGAUAUUCUGUCAGACUUCUGGCCAUUAAAUGGCCCUGGCUCCAUCCUCAUCACCAGCCGCAACCCCUUGGCGAAGCAGGAUCCUCCAGGUUUCGCCAAUUUGUUAGGCAUCGACCUACCCUCUAUGACACCUCAAGAUGCUGGAGCAUGGCUUCAGGGCCUUUCGCGUCGGGAAAAAGAACAGUCUGGUCGAGAAGUCUGUGAAACUAUUGCUGAAAGAAUGGGGGGACUUCCUCUGGCAAUAGUGCAAAUGGCAUAUCUGAUCAGGACUAAACAUCUGUCGUUGUCCGAGUUCUUGGAAAGCUAUAAUCAUGAUGCAAGAAGAUUCCAAAGCGCACCAGUCAAAGGAAUGACUCGGCAACAAACAGUUGCCUCAAUAUGGAACAUAGAGAGCUUGACACCAUCUGCCCUCGCCCUUCUCCGGAUUCUCUCUGUGCUUGAUCCUGACAACAUUCCGGAAAAUAUGUUGAUGGCGGGUGCGGACAAAGUCGAUCUGGAUGACUACCCCAAAGACAAGUUUGAGUACAUGGACGCCAGGGCUGAACUGAUACAGUCAUCUCUAAUCACGAGAAACAUGGAACUUGGUUUUCUCAAGAUCCACCGACUGGUCCAAGACGUCGUACGCGAUCAGCUCGGCAUAGCAGAGUUACGGUCAGUUUUUGAUGCAGCAGUCGUGCUAUUAUCAACGGUUUGGCCAUUCUUUGAUGAAACAAAUGAGCUUGGAUCCGACCGACUGAGAAAGGUACAAGAGUACUUGCCUCAUGCAGACACCUUGCAAGAACUGGUCAAGGAAAAGUCUCCAGAGAAACUGAAGCCGAACAUUGCUGUUGCGUCACUGUUUAACGAAGCAGCGUGGCAUCUCAGGUUUUUCAUCCUUCAAUCUUGGGGUUUUAACCUUAGAAGUGGCUUCGAAUACGCACGCUUGUCACAGCAAAUUCUCAACGCCAACAGCGAGGGACAAGACACAAACAGAUACAGCUAUCUGCUCACCAAUAGCUACAGAUACCAGGGAAUUACCUCAAUCUACAUGUUGACGAAAGACGCAGUUCCAUGCUGCAAAAAGUGGAUCGAGUUGCUCGUGGACAGAAUCCAGAAAUACAAGGAACCUGUUGACAUUAAGACACUUCCAAUCUCGUACAACGAACUCGGAAUCGCUUUGAUGACCAUCCCAGACACCAAGGAGGCGUUGAAGGCUUUCGAGACUUGUUGCGAAAUGUUAGAUCAACAGCGAAAGUCUGAUAAACUCCCUUUUCCUUUUGCCUGGCAGCACAGAGGAACCGUCACAGCUUGGUCAGGGAACCCCGACGCUGGGUAUGAGAUACUGGCACCUAUUCUGAAAGAAAGAGAGGAUAAACUAGGGAAAGAUAAUACCGAGGGAAUUGAGGACGGUCAUCUACUCACAUAUAUGGGUAACAUUCGACGAUUACAAGGUCAAAGUGACUGGUACAACUUUGCGAAGCGUGGAUUGUCAGUACUGCGUAUCACUUGCGGCGAGAACGCAAGCUUCACCAUCCAGGCCAGCUACAGACUUGCAAGAGCCCAUUUCGAAAGGGCGGAAUACGACGAAGCGAUUGCCUUGUUAAGGAAGUGUGUGGCCUUCCCGGGCGACGUUCCAUGGUACAAGGCAGACCUUGGGAGAUAUUGCUGGAAGUUGGGCCGCGCGCUUCAAGCAUCAGGUAACAGCGGAAGUGAAACACGUGAGUUGCUUAAACGGUCCAUGGAUAUUCGCCACGACUUGGUUCCAAAUGAUGAUCGGGAAGAGGAUGAGUUGACAGAUUCGGAUUGGGACGAACUGAUCUACGUUCUAUACCGUUGA